AUGGCAGUGUAUUUCAGAAACAAAUUCAUCAUCCCUUACUUGUGUUUGGCUUUGGUGUUGCUGGUACUGACUCAUCGAGUUGACUCGGAGCCCGCUCAUGACAAACAAGCUCUCCUCUCUUUCCUCUCCUCCCAAGCCACCAAUCGCGUCCGAUGGAAUGCCUCUGCCUCCGCCUGCACCUGGGCUGGUGUCGAGUGCGACGCCACUCGCUCCUUCGUAAUCUCCCUCCGGCUCCCCGGUGUCGGGCUAGUGGGUCCCAUCCCGGCCAACACAAUCGGAAAACUGACCCACCUCCGAGUCCUCAGUCUCCGGUCGAACUUUCUCACAGGCCAAAUUCCCUCCGAUUUCUCCAGCCUAAAGCAACUCCGCAGCCUCUACCUCAACACCAACCUGUUCUUUGGUGAGCUCCCUCUGAGUCUCACCGAGUUGGCCCAUUUGAAGCGGUUAGAUCUCUCUAGAAACAGCUUCACGGGUUCAAUUCCUUUUGCAAUCAAUAACCUGAAACAACUGACUGGACUUUUCUUGGCGAAUAAUGAGUUCACAGGAAAUCUCCCAAUCAUCACCGCGGUACAAUUGGUAAAUUUCAAUGUGUCCAACAACAAUCUUGAGGGCAUGAUCCCCGCAACCCUUUCGGGCUUCCCUGCUAGCUCGUUCAUCGGAAAUGUUGGUCUCUGCGGCAAACCACUGUGUGGCUGCGGCCGAUCACCACCACAGUGUGGCGCAUAA